CAAAAAAAAGCUUUAAGACUGAACCAGAGUUAAAUACUUCCUCUACUGAGAUAAGAAAUAUUAUCGAAAGUAUUACCAAAGAGUAUGGGGAGGGGGUUAUUACCACUUUGGGAGAAAGUAAAUUAAAAGCCCAAAAAACCUUGUCAACUGGUAGCCUGCUUUUGGACCAGGCGAUUGGGACGGGAGGUUAUGUUUGCGGAAAAAUAGUAGAAAUAUUUGGUUUAGAGUCCAGUGGCAAAAGCACCCUUGCUUUACAUGCGGUCAGCGAAUGCCAAAAAUUAGGAAAAAAAGCAGUUUAUAUUGAUUUAGAAAAUGGGUUAGAUAUUAAAUAUGUGCGAAAUAUCGGGGUGAAAAGUGAGGAUCUGAUAAUUGUUUAUCCGAGUAGUGGCGAAGAAGGCUUCGAGAUAAUAAGUAAAUUAAUUACCGAAGGGGUUGAUUUAAUUGUCGUAGACUCAGUUUCUAAUUUAAUUCCACGGUCCCAACUAGAAGCCAAUUUAGAAAAGCAUAAAAUUGGCAACCCUGAAAUAACUACCGGGGGAAUGGCCUUAAAUUUUGACUCUGACUUACGGAUUAGGUUGAGAAGAAAAGAUAAAAUUGAAAAAAAUAAUGAAUUGGUUGGGAUUGAAGUAGAAGCCCGAAUAGUAAAAAAUAAGUUAGCGGCACCCGGCAAAACGGCUAAUUUAGAAAUAAUUUUCGCCCAAGGCAUUCAAAAAGAGCGAGAAAUUAUUGACUUAGCCACUGAGUUAAAUAUUAUUCAAAAAAGUGGGACCUGA